GUAUAUAUUUUUUUGUCAGGUGGUGAUGGAUAAUGGGCUCGUCAAAGUGACUCUGUCAAAUCCUAUGGGUAUGGUGACUGGGAUAGAAUAUGGUGGAAUUGACAAUUUACUGGAAGACGGUCAUAAUGAAAAAGCCAGAGGGUAUUGGGAUGUCGUUUGGAGCUCGGGACAUGUCGAUAGCAGGUUUUACCAGAUAGAAGGAACCAAUUUCAGGGUGAUAAUGGAAGAUGAAAACCAAAUAGAGCUCUCAUUCUCAAGAACAUGGAACAAUGACUCUGAAACCAUUCCACUAAACAUAGACAAAAGGUUUAUAAUGCUGCGUGGUAGUCCUGGUUUCUACUCAUAUGCGAUAUACGAGCGCCACGAGGGAUGGCCAGAUCUGUCCAUUAUGCAAACAAGGAUUGCAUUCAAGCUUCAACGAGAACAGUUCCAUUAUAUGGCUAUAUCGGAUAAAAGGCAAAGGAUCAUGCCUACGGACCAAGACCGCUACAGUGGUAAAACCCUAGACUACAAGGAAGCAGUUCUGUUAACGAAUCCGAAAAAUCCAGACCUCAAAGGGGAGGUGGAUGACAAGUACCAGUACUCAAGUAAUAACAAAGACAACCGGGUUCAUGGGUGGAUCAGUUCCAACCCACGCGUAGGAUUCUGGGUAAUCACACCUAGUGAUGAGUUUCGUGCUGGUGGGCCUCUCAAGCAAGAGCUCACCUCCCACGUUGGCCCAACAACUUUAGCAAUGUUUUUCAGUGCCCAUUAUGCAGGAGAGCCUUUGACAUUAAAACUCCGAAAUGGAGAGCCAUGGAAAAAGGUCUACGGCCCUGUUUUUAUCUAUCUAAACUCUGUUUCAAACGAUGAACGCCACCAGCAAAACCUUUGGGAAGAUGCUAAAUCACAGAUGCAUACAGAAAUGAAUAACUGGCCAUAUAAUUUCCCGCUCUCGGAAGACUUCCCUCAUGCCGAUCAACGGGGCACAGUUCAUGGACGAUUACUAGUCCGCGACAAGUACAUAUCCUUCCUCUCCAACACCCACUUAAAUAUAUAUAUAUAUUUCAACAUUAUCAUCUCAGCUUACAUAGGGUUUGCUCCACCAGGAGAUGCAGGAUCAUGGCAAGAAGAAAACAAGGGUUAUCAGUUUUGGACUCAAGCUGAUGCAAAGGGUAAAUUCUCUAUUAAAGGCGUCCGAGCCGGGAAAUAUAGCUUGUAUGCAUGGGUACCUGGUGUUAUUGGGGACUACCUGUACAAUGUUCAAGUUACUGUGACACCAGGAUCUGAAAUCAAAUUGGGUGACCUCAUAUAUUAUCCUUUAAGAAGUGGUCCUACCCUCUGGGAAAUAGGCGUCCCUGACCGGACCGCGGCUGAGUUCUACGUGCCUGACCCAGCUUCAACCCUCAUGAACCGGCUUUACAACAACCAUACAGACAAGUUUAGGCAAUAUGGGUUAUGGGAUCGGUAUACAGAUUUGUAUCCUAACAAUGAUCUCAUCUACACUGUUGGCGUUAGUGAUUACAAAAAAGAUUGGUUUUUUGCUCAUGUUAACAGGAACUUGGGAAAUAAAACUUAUGUAUCAACCACAUGGCAAAUUGUAUUCGAUCUAAAAAAUGUGAAUCCAAUGGGAACUUAUACACUCCGAUUGGCGUUGGCAUCGGCCACUAUGGCUGAACUGCAAGUUCGGCUAAACGACCCAAAAGUGGCGCGACCUAACUUUACGACAGGGCUUAUAGGGAGAGAAAAUGCGAUUGCAAGACAUGGGAUUCAUGGGUUGUACAGGUUGUAUAAUGUUGAUAUCUCUGGCUCGAAGCUUUCCAAUGGAAGGAACAUAAUCUUUCUAACACAGUCGAGAGGUUCAGGCCCUUUCAUGGGGGUCAUGUAUGACUACAUUCGAUUUGAAGGCCCCCCAGAGAACUAUUGAGGAAGGAAGGGGGUACUAUAUGCAGAUAUAAUUCAUUUUUUUUUAUACACCAAGAAGAUAGAAGAUUUAUUUUAGAUUCAUUGGUUGACACAAACAGUGUCUUGAUAAGUGAAUUAAUUGCAGUUUAGUUAGGUAAGGUAAGGUAUAUAGUUCCAUUCAUUUCUAAAGUUUGUAUAUGAAUUGGUUUAUAAGCUGAAGCUGUUCUUCUUUAGUUUCAUUUUCAACCAUUUGUUUGG